AUGGUAUAUUAUUUUAAGGUAUGUGAUAAUUUAUUUACAAGAAAUGACGCUGAUAUGAAUGAGGAUGAGCAGACAACUUUGUAUAUGGGUAAAGACAAGUUUGAGAAUGACUAUUUAAUCAAACAUUCCAAUGAUGAAAAUAUUUGGUUUCAUGUUGAUAAUAUGUCAUCUGCUCAUGUAUAUUUGCAAUUAACAAAAAAACAAUUAAUAGAGAAUUUGGGUUUUAAAGAUUUAACUAUAGAAGAUAGUUUGCUUCAUAUUAUUGGUCAAUUGACUAAAGCGAAUUCAAUAAAGGGAAAUAAGUUGAAUAAUAUUACCAUCAUUUAUACAAAUGUUAAAAAUCUACUUACGGAUGGUUCAAUGGAUGUUGGAACAGUUUCGUUCAAAAAUCCAAAAUUAGUUAAAAGGAUUUUCAUAGAACAACGAAACAAUCAAAUUAUUAAUGCUUUAAAUAAGACUAAAUCUGAAAUUAGCACAGAGACAUUUAUUGAAAAUCAAAAACAAUUAGAGAAAGAGAUUUUGAGUCAUAGAAAAAUUGAAGAAACCAAAUUGAAUGAAUUAUCAAAACAAAAGCAAAAGGACCUUGAGCAAAAAAAGGAUCCAUACAAAGAUUUAUUUUCAGAAGAGAAUAUGCAAUUAUCCAAUAAUGAAGGAAAAGAUGAAAAUUGGGUUGAGGAUGAUUUUUGGUAA